GUGUGUACAGAAAUUGUGAAUGGGGAGCAACAUUGUGAACAGAGUUUUUAUAUCUCAGAAAAAUUAAAAAUUUAAAUUAGCGCAACUUAAGCACAUUUCAUUGCUUGCUACUGUAUAAGCAAGCUUUAUUAAGACUAUCACAAAGCUAAUAUAGUAUACACAAUGAGCUCAACACGACCGUUCUGUUUUGUAUGUGGUAAAAUUAAGUCUGUUGGCGUCUUUCAGCUCAUUGAAGGCUGCAUUGUACCUGGUACAUUCAAGCCCAUCAAAGAUAUACUCAAGUAUUUUGAGAAAGUCAUCAAUCAACGCUUGGAUUUGACACCCACAUCAGCCGCUUGCCGGGAUUGCCUGGAAUAUCUUUUUAACUACGAUCGCCUUGUACGCAAUCUUAGCCAGGUGCAGCGUCAAAUUGCCAACUCACUGCUGAGUUGUCGCAAAAAGAAGCCGUUUGCCCUGGCGGCCAAAAAAGAUGUGGUCACAAAAGCCAAGGAUGUGAAAUCAAGGCUUGCGGCGGAAGAAAAGCCGCCCAAACCGGAGCCACCGGAAGAUCAAUAUUCUUCGGCAUUUGGCGAAGACCAGCAACAGCAAGAUGAUUACGCAUUCAGUGAUCUUAACAGCGAGGAUAGCACCGAGUCAUCGGAGGAAGAGGCAAAUCUGGAUAUUCCCUGUCACAUCUGCGGUGAGCUGUUCUCCAAUCAAGAUUGCUUGGAGAAGCACAUCAAGUCGGACAAUUGCCAAAAGAAUGAAUAUGCCACCUGCAACAUCUGCGGACUCAAGGUCAAGGAUGAGGAAGUCCUUGACCUGCACAUGAAUCUGCACGAGGGCAAGACUGAGUUGGAGUGUCGUUACUGCUCCAAAAAGUUCUCGCACAAACGCAACGUGUUGCGUCACAUGGAAGUGCAUUGGGACAAAAAGAAAUAUCAGUGCGAAAAGUGUGGAGAACGUUUCUCGCUAUCCUGGCUGAUGUACAAUCAUCUGAUGCGACACGAUGCCGAGGAGCAUGCCCUAAUCUGUGAGGUCUGUCAUCAGCAGUUCAAAACGAAACGCACCUACAAACAUCAUCUGCGAACCCAUCAAACGGAUCGACCUCGCUACCAAUGCCCCGAUUGUGAGAAGUCCUUUGUGGACAAAUAUACGUUAAAGGUGCACAAGCGUGUGCAUUUACCUGUUGAGGCAUCACAAGCCACAUAAGAAAAGUAUUUUCGUUGCUCAUAAAGUCUUGAAAGUCAUUCAAACUCUCAUUUUUAUAUGUAUUUUGUCAGGGACCGUAAGUUAUCAUUAGUUAUUAGUUGGUUAAAUCAAAAAAUUCAAUAGAAUUGAGUUAGAAAAACGACAAAAGUUUAGAUAGGUUUCAUUUUUAAUCAAUCAUACGGAUUUUUUCAAAGAUACAAUAUUAGUUUAGUGAAUUUUCAAAGCCAAUUAAUGGUUCAGUUUUAUUCUAUUCGGUAAAAAACGCACAUUUCAUUU